UUCGAUUCUGCAUGCACUCCAAAGGCCAAACUCAGUUAAACUUAUUGCAACUUGUGCUCUAGUGCUCAUAUAGUGCUCACUUCUGCUACAAAACCACACACACUGCUUUAUUUCUACUCCUCAAAACUCAGCCUCUAAUUAGUCACUCAAAAAUUAAAACUACUAAUUUCAUUCUCCCAGUUGUUGGCAGAGAAUGACUGAGCCAAUUGGUCUCAGGUUUUCUAAGUUUUAGAGUCUCUUUCCUCGUUUCUUUUGCUUCGACUAGUUUUCCUUCUUUUAGAGUGUCUUUCAGAAUGAAGCAUUCUCCUAUUUCACCACUAGCAUUCUCUAUAUUUUUCCUUACUUUAUUUCUUCUGGUCCAAGCUAGGCAUCAUUCUCAUACAAAACACAAACACUCACAUUCUCAUAAAUCUUCUAAACAUUCAAAUCCUGCACCUCCUUACCCUCCUCAUAAUAGCAAUGCUUCUGUGGUUUUGGAUGUACGAACAUUUGGAGCUAUAGGAGAUGGAAAGACAGAUGAUACAGAGGCAUUUAAGAUGGCAUGGGACACUGCUUGCCAGAGUGAAUCCGCAGUUAAUGCUAUUCUUGUACCUCAAGGUUUCUCUUUCCUCAUUCAGUCCACUAUCUUCACUGGUCCUUGUCAAAGUUUCAUGGUGUUGAAGGUUGAUGGAACUCUUAUGCCACCUGAUGGACCCGAAUCUUGGCCAAAGAACAAUAGUAGGCACCAAUGGUUGGUGUUUUAUAGAAUCAAUGGAAUGUCACUGGAAGGAAAUGGUUUAAUAGAUGGGAGAGGAGAAAAAUGGUGGGACCUACCCUGUAAGCCUCACAAGGGACCUAAUGGGACAACACUCCCUGGACCCUGUGAUAGCCCAAUUGCAAUAAGGUUUUUUACGAGUUCCAACUUGACUGUGCAAGGACUAAGGAUAAAGAACAGCCCCCAGUUUCAUUUCAGAUUUGAUGGCUGCAAAAACGUCCACAUAGAAUCAAUUUACAUAACAGCUCCAAAACUUAGCCCCAAUACUGAUGGAAUUCACAUAGAAAAUACAAAUGAAGUGAAAAUAUACAAUUCUGUUAUUUCUAAUGGUGAUGAUUGUGUAUCCAUUGGAUCCGGCUGCAAUGAUGUCGACAUUAAGAACAUUACAUGUGGACCUGGUCAUGGAAUUAGCAUUGGUAGUCUGGGAAAUCACAACUCUCGAGCCUGUGUUUCAGACAUUGUGGUGAGAGAUUCAGUUAUAAAAAUGACAGAAAAUGGGGUUAGGAUCAAGACUUGGCAAGGUGGAUCAGGAUCAGUGUCUGGAGUGACAUUCAACAAUAUUCAUAUGGUCGGUGUAAGAAAUCCAAUCAUAAUUGACCAAUUCUACUGCCUCACAAAGGAUUGCACCAACAAGACCUCUGCAGUAUCUGUAUCAAAUAUUAUUUACACAAACAUAAGGGGUACUUAUGAUAUAAGGAGCCCCCCAAUGCGUUUUGCUUGCAGUGACUCUGUCCCAUGCACCAACUUAACACUCUCAGAAAUCGAGCUUCUUCCAGCUGAAGGAGACAUAGUGCAUGACCCUUUCUGCUGGAAUGCGUAUGGAGAUUUGGAGACACUAACCAUUCCACCAGUCUCAUGCUUGCUCGAGGGCACUCCUCAAUCCGUGUCAGACUUUGACAUAACUCGUUGCUGACCCACUGCAUAGGGCAAAAAUGUGACCUUGUACAUAAUUCAUUACUUGGAAGUGAUUAGGCCAUUAGGGAAAUACAUACCAUGAUGUUCACUCUAAUUAUCUUGUGAUUGUUGAGGAGUUGUGUUUUUUAUACUCCUCCCCAAUUGUAAACUAUAUGUCGUGUGAUUAUUCUGGAAUGCUUGGCGUUUGAACUUAAUUGCUUCAUUCAUUGCUUGUACAUGAGCUUCAAUUAAAUCCUGAUUACAAAUUCAAAGGACGUAGUUAACAUGUUUGAAAAAAAGA